GGGAGGAGGAGAGUCGACAGUCAUCUGAUUCUCUUCCUGUCCCACCCUCCACCGGACUCGCGGCGAGAGUUCACGGUAAUCGGUCACAGCGCACGGAGUUUGAGAGAGUUUGUGAGCCGAUCGAUUCAUCACGAUCGACACCGAGCCGUUUCAAUGACGCGACGACAUUAAAACUCGAUCCGAACUGAGACGCGAUCAGCAGACCGACCCGCGACGCUCUUCCUGUUCCAGAAGUUUGUUUGUAUAAAGCCGAACAGAAGUUCAGAAACACCGGACACAAGACGCAUCAUGACGAUCCCACGUACAAACAACCCGACGAUGCGGUAAAAACGACGCGAGUGCGUUUCUGAACGCGUUCGGCCGCUUUUUGUGCACAAGUUGAAUGCGCUUUUCCUGCUAUUCUUCUGUGAGCGCAUCCUGCUCGGCUAAAAAUACUGACAUCUCACCAGAAACUCUGCCAGUGUGAUAUACAUGCCAUAGACCUCUUUAUCUCAUGUUUGGAGAUACUUCUGUCCUCUUGAAGGCACCUUGAGAUCUUGGUAAGUCAGAAGAUCCAUGUUUGUAUCUCUUUGAACUCUUGAUAGAAGGUGUUUUGGGAGUAUGUGGGCUGAAAUGUUCCUCAAGUGACCAUCCACCACUGUUCUGGUAAAUGGAGCCACAUUGGACCAUUCAUUCAUAGUUGAAGGUCCAUCCUUUGCACUUUGAUGGAGAUUCCAAUGGAUUUUGAUGUCUGAUGGAGAUAUUUUUCACCCAUGAUCCGGACGUACAGAGAUCUGAGGGCGAGAGGGGUCGUGACGGACCCACCUGCACUUGAUAAUCCACGUCCAAACGCUUCUGAUCGCAUUCAAGCCACCUUGUGAAGCUCCAUGGAGCCUCUGAAGAACAUGUUCACCCGCAGCCCGUUGUCCACCUGGAAGAGUUUGGAUCAGACCCAGAAGGGGAACUUCACCAACCCUGUUUGGACCGCUUUGUUCGACUAUGAGGCCUCGGGAAAGGACGAGUUGACCCUUCGUAAAGGCGACCUGGUGGAGGUCCUGUCUCUGGAUUCGGAGAUAUCCGGGGAUGAAGGAUGGUGGGCGGGCAAGGUCAACAACAAAGUGGGAAUCUUCCCCUCCAACUACAUCUCCUUCAAACCCAGCAGAUAUGGGAAGCUGCCGGGUCCCGGGGUGGUCCAGGACUUGGGCCCGGCCGUGGUCAGUGAGUUUGAGAUGGUGGAUUUCAGUGAGCUGAGUCUGGAGGAGGUCAUCGGGGUCGGGGGAUUUGGGAAGGUCUACCGUGGCACAUGGAAGUGCGAGCUGGUGGCCGUCAAAGCGGCCCGUCAGGACCCGGACGAGGACAUCAGCGUCACGGCCCAGAACGUCCAGAACGAGGCGAGACUCUUCGCCAUGCUCCAACACCCCAACAUCAUCACGCUCAAGGGCGUAUGCCUUCAGGAACCCAACCUGUGUCUGAUCAUGGAGUACGCGUCCGGUGGAGCGCUGAGCCGGGCUCUGGCCGGGCGGCGAAUCCCGCCCCACGUGCUGGUCAACUGGGCGGUCCAGAUCGCUCGAGGGAUGCUGUACCUCCACAACGAGGCCAUCGUACCCGUGAUCCACCGAGAUCUGAAGUCUAACAACAUCUUGUUGGCAGAGCCGGUGGAGCAGGACAGUAUUGAGGGCAAGACGCUGAAGAUCACAGAUUUUGGUCUGGCGCGCGAGUGGCACAAAACCACUAAGAUGAGCACAGCAGGCACAUACGCCUGGAUGGCACCAGAGGUCAUCAAAUCAUCCACCUUCUCAAAGGGAAGCGACGUGUGGAGUUACGGUGUGUUACUGUGGGAGCUGUUGACGGGUGAAGCUCCCUACAGAGGGAUCGACGGUCUCGCUGUUGCUUAUGGAGUCGCUGUAAACAAACUGACACUCCCGAUUCCCUCCACCUGCCCUGAACCCUUUGCUCAGCUCAUGUCGGAGUGCUGGGAUCAGGACCCUCACCGGCGGCCCAGUUUCAGGUGUAUUCUGGAUCAGUUGACGGCUCUGGAGGAGCAGGUGUUGUACGAGAUGCCUCCAGAUUCUUUUCACUCUCUUCAGGACGACUGGAAGCACGAGAUCCAGAGCAUGUUUGAUGAGAUCAGGGCCAAAGAGAAGGAGUUGCGCUGUCGUGAAGAGGAGUUGAAGCGUGCGGCGCUGGAGCAGAAGUCUCACGAGGAGUUUCUCCGUCAGCGUGAGCAGCAGUUAGUGCAGUGGGAACAAGACGUGUUUGAGCGAGAACUUUCACUCCUCAUCCUCCAUUUGAACCAGAACCACAAACCCAACGUGAAGAAACGCAAAGGAACGUUCAAGAAACACAAACUUAAAGUGAAGAAUGGAGAGAAGAUCAGUAUGCCACAGGAUUUUAUCCAUAAGAUCACAGUUCAGGCAUCGCCAGGUUUGGAGAAAAGACGGAAUUCUCCGGAUCUGGGCUCGCCAUCCAUUGGGCCACGCUUCCGUGCGAUACAAUUGAGUCCCAGUGACAGCAGGUGGAGUUCAGUUUGGCCGUUGGAGUCUCUUCCUGUCAAACAGAUUAAUGGUGAGAGGAGAUUCACUCCUCAUCUGAGUCCCAAAAGCCCCAAAAGUCCAAAGAUCCUGCGACUCAGUACACCGGAGAACAGUCUGUCAAUGAGAGCGAAGCUCUUGGAAAUGGACAGUAAUGAAAAUGAAGAUUCGAAAGCAGAUUUUGAGGAGUACAGACCGAUUACACCAGAAUACAACCACAACGAGGGUUCUGAGAGUGAGGAAGGUGGUUCGUCGCCCUGCGGCUCUCCCAAAUCGGAUCAGCCCAGACCGUCCUCUCUCGCUAAGAGCACACAUGGCGCGCUGCUCAGUAGCGCCGCCCUGCUGGCGUCCGUUGCUCUGGGACGCUGUCUGGAGCCUCAGCACCCCCCCACGCCGCCCCCACGGGCGUCCUCACGGACUAACCUGUCCACACUAGAACCGGAUCGCUCUCCAGACCGGCCCGCCGAACCCGACGUGGUGGACGAUUUGAUCACAUUCGGCACGGACUCGUUACCGCAAGCAUUUUUGGGCACGUUGAAACCCCCGGAGAUUAAACUGUUACCGCUCACCCCUCCACCACCAAACCCGCGUGAGAGAGACCGGUCAGGCUGCCGCACGCCGCAGCACAGUCCCGGAGACUGGACGACGUACACGAACGGCGAGAUGGCCAAUGAGAAUUCAUAUCAGAGCGGGGAGCGGCGGAGGAGAUCGAGUAAUGGACUUCACUCUUCACAGCUGGUGUUGGAUCUGCCGUUGUGUCAAGACACUUUUGAGUCCGAGGACAAAUCUCCAAUGCCAUUCGCUCUGUAUCCAGACCCUCGACUUUGGAGCCCCAAAACACGGCGUCUAGAGGUCAACAUCAUCCCACGACCCCGCCCAUCCCCUAUCCGACCCCGCAUUGACCCAUGGAGUUUCGUAUCGGCUGGCGUGGUGGACAAACCUGAUGCCAAGAAAGCCACUUGUGGAAGCAGUCCCAUGAGCCCUCGACUGGGGUACCACCCCUCACCCACAAACCCCUUCACAAACUGUGACCCCUUCCCUUCCCCGGACUGUGACCCCUUCAAUCUAAAGCUCGACCCUUCCAUGAACACGGACCACUUGUCCUUUGACCCCUUCUCCACCCCCUUCCCGACCUCACGCUCCGCCCCCUGUUCGACAAACGGAAGCCCCAAUCUUUCUCUCAGGGUGGCCCCUCCAAACACGGUGGACUCGCCGCUCAUAGACCUCGGAUGCGUGGGUGUCAACAAACCGCUAGAUGUCCCCAAAGAACGAGUCCAGACGCGCCGAACUCUCGGGCUCAGCCCCUUCCGCUCACCAGCACUGCUGAGAGAUGACAGGUUCUGAACGUGAAGUCCAGAAACAUACUCUACACAAGUUACCAAACGCAAAGGCUUGGCCAACGCAUUGCGUGCGAUCUUGUCGUACGAACUUGACAUGCGUUUUUGUGUUGCUGUGGUGGUAACAAACUUCAGCACUCAAUGGGGCGACAGUGUUUCCUUUAAAUGUCUGUCACUAAAUCAGAUGUUUUUAUUCAGGAAGCUGCUAUUAGCAUGUCGACAGUUUAACAAACGUUAACUAGCUCAGCAAGAUCCUCAUUGACCUGCAAGGGAUUGACCUGCUAAUGUCCGCUAUAGCGCCCCUUGUGGCAAUGCGAUAUGCACUUGCAUUGCGUUAUAAUUUGCGCUCUGACACAUUUCGAAACACAACAACACUUGAAACUGAUCUUGCGUAGCUUGAAGCGCCUGCUUUGACAUGCUUGUGUAAAAUAUGUUUCGGCAUAACGCAGAGGCGCAUGCUAAUUUUAGCUCCCAUAAACGGAUCCUAGCAAGGGUUCAUUCUCAUUGCUUCAGUGUUUGGGAUCAUUGAAUUUCCUCAAAUGUAAAACCAAAAGAUGUCAAUUUGUCCUCGGAAAGAACGAUGGAUAUCAUCGAGAUUUCAUUUGAUGGAGCUCCUCAACAAACGCUGAUGUGUUUUGGCAUUCCAAACAUGGGAUUAUUCCACAGAUUUGUCCAACUCGUCAUUCCCAAUUAACUUAUUUCAGUUAAAACGUCACAAGACAUGAAAUCAAUGUCUUCCUCUUGGAUUUUUUGAACUUCCUGUCUGACAUCACUUCCUCAGGGUUCUAAUGCCCUAUUUCAGCACUUGAAUAGAUCAGUUUCAAUGUAUUGUUCUUAAAGGUGUUGUGAGAGAUUCGGAUGUUAAAAUGCUUUUUCACGUAUUUGUUUAUUGGCUGAAUCCCUUGAAAAGCAACAUGACAUGCCAACUUCUGACUCAACCAAUGGCGUGAGUGUGGGGCGGGACUAUCUAAGGGAGUGUGUUUGGGGAAACCUGUUUGAAAACAAUUAUUUUUUGUAAAUCCGCUUGGUGAUGCAGAAAUGACACAUUUCACCUUUAGUUUAAGUUCUCAAAUUAUUACCAAGUAAUUUGACAUCGUUUCACUUCAGAUUUGGCUUGCUUUUAAUGAGGUGUGAGACUGUCUUUAACAGAUUCUUUGGGAGUGACUACAGAAACAACGUUCUGAAAGGAGUUUGUGUUAUUGUGACCCGGGAGAAUUCAUCACUCAUUCCGUAUGCGUGCCAAAAAAUGCAAUUGCUCCGUUUAGUGAGCGGUAAUAAUUUUCAGACUCGUGCGGUUUCUUGAAUCUAGUCCUGCUGUAACAUAACGAAUGAUGUUUAUGUGAAGCCUCUUUUCAACAAACUUUCAGUUCAGAGCACUUGUAUCACAAGCUGUUUAGACAUUUAAGUAUGUGCCAGGUAUAUAGUUAUAAUUACAUUAAAUUGUCAGUAGUUAAAAUGCUCAUUUUUAAUUUCAGGAAUGGAAUUAGUAGUGAAAAUAGUCAUUUUUGAUACCAGUAAUUAGGUUUUGCACUAGUGAAAACUUUAUUUCAUCAUUACUCGUGGAAAUACACAUUCUUGAUGUCAAAAAUGACAUUUCACCUAGUUAAAAACAUAAUUAUUGAUAUCUGUAAUUGCAUUUUUACUAGUAGAAUUUCACAAUCAUCUGUCAAUUCACUCCUGUUCGAAACACAAUCACAGAUCUCUAUAUAUAAUUUCUUACUAGUAAAAAUUCUGAUUUCACAUAUCACCAAUGUACUUAUUUCAAGUGAAAAUUAUCAUUUUUAUAUUCAUAUUUUAGUAACAUUGUUACUAAUGCAAAUGUCCAUUCCUGAUAUCAAUAAUAGAAUUACAGCUAGUAAAAAUGCCCUUUUUUAUAUCUGUAAUUUGGUUUUCACUAGUGGUUAAUUUCAGAUAUCUGUAAUGGGAUUGUAACUAGUAACAUGGAUGCAAACUCAUGAGAGGUGGGACAGUCAUAGCAGGUGUAUAUUUCAGUUAAUUUGUUUGUUGUAUUUAAAGAUUUUUUUAAGUGUUUAAGCAUAAAGUAACCCCUUUAAGUGAUUUUAAUAAGGAAAAUAUAAAACUUCUUACAGAACAAUUUGGGCAAAUUAGCUUCAAAGGGGAGUAGUUUGCAUCCUUGAAGACUUUUUUAUAAAUCUUUAAUUACUCUUCAAUUUAUUGAUGUUGGAAAUCCAUUUCUAGAUAUCUGAAAUACCAAAUCUUUUAAACUAGCAUUUUCACUAGUUACAGAUAUCAAUCAUUGUUUUUUACUAGUUGAGGGGUGUUUUCCUUUUGUCAAAUCUACACUCUUAGAGGAAAAGGUUCCAUAUAGAACCCAUAAGGUUUCUAUUGCUCGCUUCAUAUUUGGAACCCCUAAAAGGUUCUACAUAGAACCCUUUUUUAGGGGUUCCAUCGAAAGUACCCUAAAGGGUUCUUUGAGCCAAGUGAAAAGGUUCUAUAUAGAACCUUUUAGGGGUUCCCAACAUGGAAUCGUACCAUUUUGGUUUUUGUCUAGUUUAUAAAUUUAGUUUUUGUUUUAUAGCCAGAAUAACGUUUAAUAGAUGUGUGAAUUAAAAAUGUUAAUAUGCAAAAAGGGUUCUUUAUUUGUAAACUUUGUAAAUGGAACCUUUUUCGCAUAAAGUGUUAUUUGGAGCUGAGUAAAGAACCCUAGGGUUCUGUAUAGAACCCAAAGAACCUUUUUUUUUUCUAAGAGUGUAAUUAUAUCAAGAAGUAGCAGUUCAUUAGUAGUAAUUCCAGUGCUGAUAUCAAAAUUAACAUUUUAACUAGUGAAAAUUUCAUUGUACAUGUCUAUUUUCUCCUUUACAUUAUUAAAUGUUGAAAAGGCUUGUGAUAGUGCAAUUGGGUGUUUGUGUUCAGUUCCUGAAGUUUCCAGCACCAGAGAAUGUUGUUAUUCUUUAGUGUACAAAAAUAUCUCAGAGAAUCCAAAGUCAGCCUGAAGAUAUGAUUAAAGAGAGUUCUUGAGUUCCCCCAUGAAUAAGUCCUGUAGAGAGGAAGUACUGACUUCCCCCUGGUGGACGGUGUGUGUGCUGCACCCAGACUCUCAUCUCUGACAUUUUAUUCCCAGCAAUGAAAUUCCUUUGAGAGGCGAGCCGGGUUCGGUAGACAUUUUCACCAUAACAGUGGCCUUCUUUGGCAUUCGGCUCUGUCAACAUACCCUGAGAUUUCUGCUGCACCAACUCUUAUAAAAGUAUUGAGCACAGACUUAAACUAUGACAACCAAGAUAUUCCUCUGAAUAUUAUAGCUACUGCGUCAUUACACUUUCUCUGAAACCAGAUUCCCAUAUUUUCAGAAGAAAACAAACAGUGCAGUUACACACUGAACAAUUAGUGUUAAAGUUUUUGUUCAGAUAGUGAUGCUUGACUUUUAAUUAUACUAAUUAUUCCGCUCAGAGCACGUCACAUAUUGCUGGCAAUUGAAUAUUUCUGUGUUUUGUGGCUAAAGCCCAUCGCUAAAGGAUAUAUCACUGGAGGUUCAACAUCUCAUGAGCUCAUGAAGAGAGAUUAUUGGCUUUAAGACAACUUGACAAUCAUAAAAUGUCUAGAAAUAGCCCACAGCACCGAUUUUAGCCGUUCUCACGUCAGCUGGCAUGUUUUGGCGCCGUUUCUGAAUUGUAAACAGCGGGUGUUCAUGUUGGCACGGAGUAUAAGAUCACCAUCUGCUUACCAAUACUGAAAUAACAUUUCUGAAUAAAUAGAAUAUGAGACGUCGGCACUAGCUGUCGUGUGCCGCACGCUGAUUGGUGGAUGAUUCGCGGGUCACGCCACUGAAAGAUUCUGACUAACGGUUGAUCAAUGCGGGGGCUUAAUGGCUUAUGCUGAUAUCUAGAGUACAGAAGCCCUGAACCACACCGUGAAAAACAAUCAGUAGGUUAAGAAAAUGUCUUUAGGUGUCUAGUGCCCUACCAAAAAAAAAAAAAAAAAUUUUAAUAAUCUCUCAAAGAAAUGUUUCUCAACAUUUUUUUUCUCUCUGUUUUUUUUCUCUCAAUGUUAUAAAUGUUUCUUUCCUUGAUUAAGUUUGCAAAACAUUCUUGUUAGAGUGUUACGCAACUAUAAAUCAACAGAUCAAUGAAGCACCACAGCUGUCACUGUCACCUUGUAAGCAAAAGAUUUCAUGCUUUCUGAUAGUGGCACCUGGUGGCAGAGGUUGGUAUCACAUGCUAAUUGUUAGCUAGCAAGCAAAAAAAUAAAUAAAAUUGUCAUGUGUUGCCUCUUGAGGAACAAAAUGAUUAUUAUUAUUUUUUUGUUGUUUAUUUUUGUUUUGAGAAAAAAAAAUUUGAAAGAAAAAUAAUUUUUUAAAAUUUUUUUUUAUUAUUAUUGUUUUGGAGAGAAACAUUUUUUCAACAAAAAAUUUUUUUUUGUUUUUGUUUGUAGGACAGGCUCAGGAAGGCACUAGACACCUAUUAUCACAUACUGAAUCACUUUUUUCACAUGCAGUUCAGGGCUUCCAUACUAGAGAGCAGGGUGACGACACAAAACGCAAAUCUUAUCUACACAAAACUGAAGAAUUGAAGUGAUUUUUUUCAGCAGGGUUGUCAUAAAAGCAAAACAGAUGUUUGUCCAAACCUGUUCAGAAAUCGUGUUUCGUACUGUAUGCAUUUCACUGUGACCGUUAAAAGAGUCUUUGAAAAGAAAAUAAAGCUAUCGAUAUUUAUUGACGCCUGUAAAACACUGGAUUCAAGACAUUUGAAAAGGGUCACAGACACAUUCCACAUUAGGAUGCUUUAUUAUUAUAAGAAAGAUUAUUAACGUUUUGUUUUUUACUUCAUUGGAGUUUGUUGUAAUGAGUUUUGAGUGCUGCAAAUCUGUGACUUUACAAUGUUAAAAAGAAACAAACUAAAAAUAUUUACUGUUCUGUCAUAACAGAAUGAAUUUAAAAUGGACUGUGUGUUAUUGAAAUGAUAUACAACUGUAGCUGAAACGGUUUCGAACAGACAAAUGACUUUCUCUGUUGCGUCUGGUUAUGACACUGUUACGAUAUGUUCAUAUUUGGAAAACAUUUGCUUAAUUGUCAUGAAAGUAAAUACACAUUGAAAAAUAAAAUUGGUGUGUAUAUUUAUAGAUGGA